AGUCGGUAGGCGGCGGCGGAAGGAGGAGGAGCUCCAGCCGCGCUCUCUCUGGGCAGUGGCUGCGCCUCACAGCGCUUGUUGUGUUCCCCACCCCUUUUAAAUAAGCCGGGCUGGUCACCGCCCUCGCAGACGAGUCAGCUCUAGGGAGGCGGCGGCAGCGCGGCGGCGGGGGUGCGGCCGAGGCCCGAGCCCUGCCCGGGGCCGGGCCGCGGGGCGGGCGGGCGAACCGCGGACGAGGCGGCGCCUGCUUGCGCGGUGCAGCCCCGGCGUAGCCCGGGGCUGCCGGUGCCGGCCGCGCCAUUGUUGGGGGAGGGGGUGGCUGCUGAGGGCGGCGGAGUAGGGGGCGAGCGAAGGCGCCGGUGGCGGCGGAGAGGAGCGGAGGCGCCCCAUGGGGAACACGCUGACCUGUUGCGUGUCCCCCAAUGCCAGCCCCAAGCUGGGCCGGCGCGCGGGGUCGACGGAGCUGUACUGCGCGUCCGACAUCUACGAGGCGGCGUCCGGGGACGCGGUGGCGGUAGCGCCCGCUGCGGUGGAGCCUGCCGAGUUGGAUUUCGGAGAGGGCGAGGGCCACCACCUGCAGCACAUCAGCGACCGCGAGAUGCCCGAAGAUUUAGCUUUGGAGUCAAACCCUUCUGACCAUCCAAGGGCAAGCACAAUUUUCCUGAGCAAAUCUCAAACAGAUGUGCGAGAAAAGAGGAAGAGCAACCAUUUAAACCAUGUAUCUCCAGGGCAGCUUACUAAAAAGUAUAGCUCAUGCUCAACAAUAUUUCUAGAUGACAGCACAGUCAGCCAGCCUAAUCUUAGAACCACAGUAAAAUGUGUGACCUUAGCAAUAUAUUACCACAUAAAGAACAGAGAUGCAAAUAGAUCCUUGGAUAUUUUUGAUGAGAGAUCACAUCCACUUACACGAGAAAAAGUUCCAGAGGAAUACUUUAAGCAUGAUCCUGAGCACAAAUUUAUUUACAGAUUUGUUCGUACUCUUUUUAGUGCUGCACAGCUAACAGCUGAAUGUGCAAUAGUAACUUUGGUUUACUUAGAAAGGCUUUUAACUUAUGCUGAAAUCGACAUUUGUCCCACUAACUGGAAAAGGAUUGUUCUGGGAGCCAUUCUUCUUGCCUCAAAGGUUUGGGAUGAUCAGGCUGUAUGGAAUGUGGACUACUGCCAGAUCCUCAAGGACAUUACAGUUGAGGACAUGAAUGAAAUGGAAAGGCAUUUUCUGGAGCUUCUUCAGUUUAAUAUUAAUGUUCCUGCCAGUGUUUAUGCCAAAUACUACUUUGACCUUCGCUCCUUAGCAGAUGACAACAACCUGAAUUUUCUAUUUGCUCCUCUUAGCAAAGAAAGAGCACAGAACCUAGAGGCUAUUUCUAGAUUGUGUGAAGACAAAGACUUGUGUAGAGCCGCUAUGAGAAGGUCUUUCAGCGCUGAUAACUUCAUUGGUAUUCAGCGCUCCAAAGCCAUCCUCUCUUAAAGGGAGAAAUGAGGGGAUAUAACGUCACGCGACCUUCUACAAAGACUGGAGAAAUAUCACCUUUCCUGCUCAAAAACCAGCAAAAUUAGUAUUUUCAUCAAAAGGAAAGAUCUCAAAUUCAAGAGACUCAUGGACAACAAGGAUUAUACUCCAUAGGAAAGAAUGGGACCUUGUCAAUGCAACAGAACACACUUCUGAUCUUUUUAAUGUAAACAGAGUUACAAAAACCACUCCAAAGUGAAGGCUCCCAUCCCACACACAGAUAUUUACUUACUGUGUGGGCCCGAUAGCUGUGAACUAUGUAAGGUUUUUUAAACAAUAGUUUAAAUUUUUAAAGACACUAACCAUAUAACUUUUAUGUUUCUUCCCGUUUUUCUUCCUCCCCCCCAUUUUGCUGCAUAUGCCUUUCAAAUCAAUGCAGUAUUACCAUUAAAACAUGGGACUCUUCACUAAAGCCACUUAGGAGCAGACUGCAGCAUUGUUAGGUAUUGAAGGGUUCUUUCUCCCUUCUGUUACCAUUGAAGCUGCUAGUCAUUGGCAAUCAUUUUAAACCAAAAAGCUGCUGGAUAACAUUCGUCAUUCAUAUUUUUUGCAAGCAUUACUUUAGCAUUUUAGCAUGUUUGGGAUCAUAAACAGGAAGUAUCAGUUAUUGAUAUCUACUUCUAUUGGGGUCCAUGUUGCAUUUCUUGUGAACUAAAUGGUGCUUCUCAUUUUCUGAUAAUUUUUCUCUUGUUAAAUAAAGGUCUUAAAAGAUUUUU